AUGAAUCCAUUUUCUGAGAACAUGCAGUUCGAUUCCAGGCUCUAUGAGGUAGUUUCUAGAAUCGGAAAGAAAAAUGACAAGACAAAGAUUAAGGGACUUCAUGAGCUGAGAGAUAUACUAGACACCAUUGACGUGGAAGGAAACAUAGAUACACUGCUGGAAACAAUAGAGGACACCAUAAAGUCUCAGGACCUACAAAUCAGAAAUCUGUCAAUCGACGUGCUUUACAAGCUUCUUUCUUCUGUGAACGAAAGGUCGAAGUUCAAAAGGGUGCUUUCGAUUUGGCUUUAUGGAUUCAUAGAGAAUCCUGAACAUGCCACUUCAAAGCAGAUAUUCAAUGAGUUUGUCAAUAUAGAGGAAAUAGAGGAUGAGUUUGUACAGAUGGUAAAUUUCAAGGAAAACCCUGUGUUAGGGCUAAUAUGCUUGAGACUAUUAGUGAAGAGGGGAAGGAAAGACUACUCAAGGAUGAUUGCAGAAAAUGUCAAGUAUCUGAGUCUGAAUUCAAGCAGGGAGUUAAGGGAGGUUUAUAAUUUAUGCAAGGAAUUAGGAAGAGUCAAUGAACUGUAUGAAAAGAUUGUCAUGAUAAAGGGACCCAGCCUCAUGAACUACAAAUGGAGGCUCCUACUAGAUAUAUUUAAUGCAUUGCCGAAGUGCAUUGAGAAUGAUGGGAAGUAUCUUGAUAAUGAGGUGCUUUGCAAGGCAGUAGAGAGGCUAGAUUCUUGCGAUGAUAUACUUGUGAGAAAUGUUGACUCUCUCAGAAUAGUCUUUCCUAAGGUUAAGGACAAGAGGGGGUAUAUGAGAAGAUACCUAGAGCGUGGGUCUAUAGAAAGAUUAUGUAUCCUCGAAUUCUUUGACGACUUCCAGUUUCUGAACGAGAAUGUGAGUUUUGAAACGGUUAACAAGCUGGUUGAGAAUGUGAUAAAAAUCCAUUUCCAAAGAAAUCAGGAUGUAGAGGAGAUCGUUACUAGAAUGAGUAUGGAAAGCUUACCAAGAAAUCUGUCCUCCAAGUCUGAAGAAAACCAUGAGCACACUAGUCCAAAUGGGAAGAAAAGCAUUCUCAAGACACUCCUAUCCUCCCUCGAUGGGCUUUGCGGAAAGAGGAAGAUAAUCAGGGGAGACAUUCUUGAGAUAGAGCUUGAUCCACAUGAGUUUACCAAAGAGGAAAUAGAGGAUGUCUUUCAACACUCUGUGAAUGUGUUUCCGAAAGAUUAUAUAUUGAAUUCGUCCUUUAGUUGUGAUCUUCUUCCUUUAGUACUGAAGUAUCCUGAAGAAGUGGGAGAAGAAAGAAUAAGGAAGACGAUAUGUAAAGAUAAUCUUCACCUCUUCAUCCCUGUAUGUAAAGACUUAGAUUUUUUAAGGUCGCUGAUGUCUUCAUAUGAUAACAAGUCUAUGAUAGAGAUCUAUCUGUCUUCGGAUAUCCCCCCGGCCCUGGAUCUUGAUUUCUAUUACAGGCUUGGAGACGGAAUACCUAGGCCUAGAACUAUCGACUACAAUAGGAUUCUGGAGAGGUAUUUGGAUUCUAACUUUAUAAGAAACAUCAUCACGAAUGGCGUGGCCAACAGAGUUGAAUUGUAUAAUGCAGUUGUCUCCUAUCUAUCUUUGGCAGAGAUUCCAAUUAGCACUAGUUAUACAAGUCCAUUUUAUGAUUUAGAUGAAUGCUUUUAUGGAAAUGUCAAGAUCAGAGAGCAAAGCCGUGUUAUACUGAAUCUCAAGAAUGUGUAUACAAACAUCUACGAAGGAGCAGACGAAGCGUUUCUGCUUCUUCUCUUGGAUGCCAUGUGCGACGACGAAGAUGAAUCUUUAGAUCAGGAGUUGAAAGACAAGGGGUUACCUGGCGGCAAGAAGGGACUGGGUGAAUUUAUUCUUCAGGACGGGUCUGCUGUUGAGAGAUGGAGAAGCACAGACUUGGGGAUAAAUCAGCAUUUUAUAGAAAAGGUGUUUUUCGACUUAAAUCUUCCAUCUAGAAGAUGUGGCGGUAAGAAAAUUGAAGAGCUUCUUGAGUAUGGAGGCCCACGUGCAAUUGACUAUAUUCUUAGAAAGUAUAGCGUUCCGGCACAGUUCAUUCCAUCCGUUGAUUUUUCUUAUCUCAGCAAUGAAGCCUUGACUUAUGCUGUAAGCGUUCUAGAAAAUGCAUCGAAGAAGGGACUCCCAAUCAGUCUCACCGAAGUACCACCGGAAGACCAAAGGAUCCAUCCCUCUGGAGAAGAGGGGGUUGUGGAUGACCAUCUUCUGAUGUCUAUCUCCAGAUCAAACUUCAAGAAUCUUAAAACUCUUGGCCUAGAAGACAUAGCUCGGAUAAUAGAAAAGGAUCAACUUCUAUCAAGGAAAGAGUAUCAUAAAGAAAGAUACACUAUCUAUUCUCCACUACUAAGGAGAAUAUACAAUCGCAUAGCAGACUCCAUACUCAACAUGUAUAGCAUAUCAAGACUGGACACAAACUCUAUUGAUGACGAGGUCUAUGAUCUUCUUCGAGAAUGCUUCCUUGGGUCUGUAGGCUUGUUUUGGGAUUUCCUUCUGAACUCCCUGUUGAUUGUCAGGAACAUUAGAAUCAAUGCCUUUUUCGAGAAGAUGAUUAAAGAAAAAGAAGAGUGGAGGGCGUUUCUUCUGGAUGCAGAUCUCAAUCAAAGAUCUCUGUUUGCUUUUUUGUUUCCCAAUCUCUUUUCAGCCAUUCCAAGGAUGGAGGUGAACUUGGACUCCUUUAUAUUGGAGGAAGCCUCUAGAACGAUAGCAGAUGUCACGGUUAAGACCCAGAAGCUUACCAAUGGAUUCGAUAUUAGAAUUUCCUAUACAGCUGAGGGAACUUUGUUUAAAGCCCUGGUGUCUAUCCCAUCAGACUAUCCAUACAGAAAACCUGUAUUUACUUCUGAAAUCGGAAGAAAGAGCCUUCUCAACCUCAAGAUCAAUGAAAUGAUCAAGAAAUGCUCGAAGUUCAUGGAGCUUAUUGGGCUAUGGAAGGUUAAUAUUGAUGAAAAGAUCUCUGGCCAUAAGGAGUGUCCUAUAUGUUAUCUUGUUAUAGACCUCCACGACUCAUCUUUCCCAAAUAGUCAAUGUAAGGCAUGCAAGAAUAAAUUCCAUGCUAGAUGUAUUGCAAAGUGGGUUGCAUCCGGGACAAGAAGUAACUGUCCAAUAUGUAGAAUGCCCAUGGAAAAUGUAUCAUGA